CAAAACGGUUUACACGAGUUCACCACACGACCGCCGUAACGAUCGUUCAAUUCCGAUUCACAAAAGCGCCAUAAACAACCGGCCGUUGGUGUUAGUGCAACUAUGGAACAGUUUUCCUUUUAUCGCCACUUCCAGUCAUCCUAACCGUUCUGAAACAAGUGGAGGUUUGUUUUUGUGUUCUCAAUUUGUUCGAUUUGUUACUGUCAGGUGGGAAGUUCAAAUUUAAAACUCUCGUCAGUGCACUCAAGUUGGAUUAAGGACAACACUGACAGUACAGUUACUUCGAAUUGGCUAGCUCUCUAAUCAGUGGUUGGCGAAGCAUGCACCGACUUGAAAACAAAAAAUCAUGAAUAACUGACUGACGGCAGAAUCCGGAGAUUGCCAAAAGCCGUUGAUUUAUAAAUUAAUACCUUUGUCAAAGUGACUUUUACGAAGUGGAGAAACAGUUUGACCUACUACAACCAUGCCAUCAUUUGUAUCUGCUGUUCUCACUGCGGCCACAACGAUUUGCCUAAUCUGUAGUGUUUUAGCUUCGAACAGCAACUACGACUUUCUGGGGAAGCAAGCCGCCCAGGAUGUCAGCUAUGCUCUGACAAAUAUGGCACGAGAUUUGUCCGUACGAAUGCAGAGUGACACCAGCAAUUCAGACAUCAUUUCACCGCUCAGCAUUGGGUCAUCGUUGUUAAUUUUGUUACGGGCUGCCAGAGGUACCACUCGGCUGGAAUUGCUGAACUUUCUACAAUUAAAAAAAUACCAGAGGAACGACCCGAAAAUUCCCAGAAAUUUUGGACUGUUGGUCAGUGAACUUUUGAACGACACUCAAGUGAAUACCAUACUAGAUGAUACCCCGCCAUGGUUGGAGGAAAGUAAGUGCGGAGCCACCGAUUAUGAAUAUGAGGAUGAAGAUCCAUACGAACUUCCAUCACCACAAGAACCGAAUCUCAUUCGACUGGCUAAUGCUAUUUUCGUUCAAAAUGGGAUGCUCAAUAAUUCAAAACUUGAAAAUGUUAUCAACCACUUGUACCUGAGUACUGUGAAAAAUUUGGAUUUCUUCGGAUCACCCGAGAACGCUACUCAGUAUAUAAACAAUUGGGCAAAUGAGAGUACGAAUGGACGCAUUCCGGAAAUCAUUUCCCAACAACUGAGCCGAGACACUACCAUGGUUGUGGCUAACGCUCUAUAUUUCAAGGCAUUCUGGGAUGAAGUGUUCAUUGAAGGUGCUACAAGGUUGAAAAAAUUUUUCCCGAACGGAGAAACCGGCGAAUUCAUUGACGUUCCGAUGAUGUCCAACUCAGGUUGCUUUCCAUACUACUCCUCUCGGAGUUUGGAUGCUCAAAUUAUGGGAUUUCCCUAUAGAAACCGUUCCACUACAAUGUAUGUGAUACUGCCAAAAAAUUCGAAUCGAACAAAACUUCAACAACUGAUGGCAACACUGGAUGCAGCGACGUUGGACGGUAUGAUCUCCAAUAUGACGAUGCAGUCGGCUUCUAUACUAUUCCCCAAGAUGCACAUUUCCAGUUCGUUCGAUUUGACGGCUGCACUUCGAAGUUUGGGUGUUCAAGCGAUGUUCACACGAGGCAGAAGUGAUUUUUCAUCUUUAAAUCCAUCCGCCAAACAGACCAGCCGUAAUUUACGAGUGAGCGGUGUGCUUCACAAGGUAGAUCUGGAGGUAAACGAAGCUGGAACGGAGGGCGGUGCGGUGACAAUUACCUUACUGGACAGAAUUUCACCAUCGGUUAAUUUUCGAGUUAUCAGUCCAUUUCUUCUGGCAAUCCGUCACGAUGCUACUAAAUUGCUGCUUUUCUACGGUCCUGUAUAUAAUCCCACAAAUUAGUUAUUAAAUGUAAAGUUUUUCUUUCAUUUGAAUAAAAAUACUAACUAAGUCGAUAUGUAA